UGUCCAUUGUGCAAAUUACCUACAUACUUCAAAAUACCAGGAGACAGACACAUGUCUAGGUGAUAAAUGGUGACCUUGACUCUGUAUAAUUCGAUAAACACUUAAGAGCAAUUUUGAAACAGUUACAUAUCGAAAUCAUUUUUAAAAGAUAAUAGCCCACCGUAUACAUUUCGCAAUAUACUCGAUUUAAAAAAAAAAAAAAAAAAUUCAGCUAAGAGGUGAUCGCAGUAAGUAGAUACAGUGCCCAACGUGGCGUUGCUUGGCUGAAGCGUUGUGGAGCAAAACAAGAAAAAGGUCCUAAUAUAUAAAGUGACAUGAUUUGCUGUAUUUGGUUUCUGGCAAUUGUAGCCACCAGUGAAUCCGCAAGGAUUCUAGCUUUCUUUCCAAUGGAUACACCAUCACACCAUUUCAUCUUCCGACCUGUGAUAGAGGGGUUGGCCAAGAAUGGUCAUGAUAUUGUAUAUGUGUCGGCCUUUCCUUACAAGCAAAUACCGAAAAACAUUACACAAAUCGACUUGUCAAAGUACGACGUAAUGGCUGAAUUCGGAGACUAUGAUUACCUAAAAGCCAGCGAGAUGAAUCUAGUUGAUUAUACACAUGAAAUGUACUUUUUUGGAGAAAUAAUGGCAAAACAUUAUGUUGGAAGCAAAGAAAUACAGGACUUAAUUCACUCAGAUCAGAAGUUCGAUGCCGUUAUGUUUGAAUCUUAUUUCUAUCAAGAAUAUUUGUCAGCGUUUAUUCAUAAAUUUGAUGCAAUCGCUAUAGAAGUGCUAACUUUGGGUGAUUGUGCUUGGGUGAACGAAAUGUCGGGCUUACCAGAUAACCCUGCCUACCAAGUUGACUUCAAAUCUGGCCUCACCAGCAAUAUGAACAUUUGGCAGAAAUUGUACAACGUAUAUGUUACGUCUUUAACUGUCCUAAGCAGUUAUUUCUACUUAUAUUACAACCAGAAGCGGAUCAUGGAUCAGUACUUCAACUACACCGGGUGGGAGAGCCGUCCAUCCAUCGACGUUCUUGCCAGGAACAGGAGUUUAAUCCUGACUAAUUUCGACUACGUGUUCGCAGAUCCUUAUCCAAUGGCUCCACAUCGCAAAGACAUUGGUGGUAUAAAUAUUAAAACGCCAAAACCACUGCCAGAGGACUUGGAAAAAUUCAUGAAUGAAAGUAAGCAUGGAGUGAUUUACAUGUCACUAGGGUCUCACGUAAACCCUGCUAACUUUAGAAUCCAAAUGAGUGCCUUCUUGGAGGCUUUUCGAGAUCUACCUCAAAGAGUAAUGUUAAAAUAUGAUUCAGAGGACAACAGUCAAAUACCUCCUAAUGUAAAAGUAUCCAAAUGGUUUCCUCAACAGGAUAUACUAGCUCAUAAGAACUGCGUUCUUUUUGUUACACACGGAGGAUUGUUGAGCUUAUCAGAAGCCAUAUACUACGGUGUCCCGCUCAUUGGAGUCCCAGUUAUCGCAGACCAGGUCAAAAACAUGGCAAUGAUGGAGUCACAAGGAAUUGGAAGGAUGCUAAAGUUGAAUAAUAUCACCCGUGACACAGCCUCCUGGGCUAUUAGUGAAGUCCUCUCAAACAAUCGUUAUAGGAAAGAAAUUCUCCGAAGAUCAACAAUUCUCAAAGACAGGAGACAUUCGCCUGUUGAAGAAGCUGUUUACUGGGUCAAUCACGCUCUUAAAUAUCCGUUUGCACUAUCUCCUAAAUCAGUGAAUCUUUCUACCGUUCAAUUACAUCUGAUCGAUGUGAAGAUCUUUAUAACAUUAGGACUAUUUUUAGUAUUAUUUAUUUUUUACUUUGUUUUCACUAUCAUAAGAAAAAUGACACGUAAGACGAUAAGAAAACAUAAAGAAAAAGUUCAGUAAUGAAAAAGAAAUAAAAAAUAUUUAUUAAUGUA